GCAAGGUAAGCCAUCUUCCUGCCCAGCAGACAACUUUAGCACUUGGUCCUGGGCUGACCGAUUGCGUACAGCAGAUCAACCGAGACCGCCUUACCAACUAGACAACAUGUUUAUCACACGCGCCAUCUCAUUCACCAACUUCUUCGUUGCCACCUCGGCCUUGACGUUCCAGGUGUGCGUCCUUUACCCAUGGCAUAAGCAACUCGACGAGGAUUUUGAAGCUUUGAAGAAAGAACACUUGAGAGUCUUGGGUGCAAUCAAGGGCCCCGUGGAGAGCUCCGGCGUCGACAAACACCGGGGAAUCCUAGGGAUGCUCGGCGGUCUCGGUCAGAGCCUGAGUGGUCACUCUCCAAUUUCUUCGUCGCCGUCGUCGUCGUCUCUUGUUGCUGCAGUCGAACCCCAGCAUGUGCCCAAGCCAUCGCUAGUUAAAACGCUGAGCAGUUCGAACGACCUAGCGCUCUAUUCACGAUACGCAUUGGCCGGUGCUGUCUGUUGCUCCUUCACCCACGCCAUUCUCACGCCUAUCGACAUUGUUAAGACGAGGAUUCAGGUCAAUCCUCUUGUGUAUAACCAGGGCGUCUACGGGGGACUGCGCCAAGUUGUGGCCGCAGAGGGGGCUGGGGCUCUUGCUACAGGACUCGGCCCGACGGUCUUAGGAUACUUCCUGCAAGGUGCAUUCAAGUUUGGUGGUUAUGAGUUUUUCAAGACCCGUGCUAUCGAUACAUUGGGGUACGAGACGGCGUCCAAGAAUAGGUAUGCCAUAUACCUAGGUUCAUCCGCCAUAGCUGAAAUGGCCGGCGACAUCGUUCUCUGCCCCUUCGAGGCCGUUCGCAUCCGACUGGUUUCGCAGCCGGGUUUCGGGGUCGGUCUUUGGGAUGGUUUCGCAAGACUUGUUCGGGAAGAGGGCAUUCAAGGCUUGUAUUCCGGACUGGGUCCUAUAAUGCUCAAGCAGGUACCAUACACGAUGGCGACCUUCGUUGUCUACGAGAACGCUCUCGAGCAAAUCUACAAGCGGGUUGACAAGUCGACUGUAUCCAGCGCCGCGGUUACGGGAAUCAAUCUGGGCUCAGGCCUCAUUGCUGGUAUCGCUGCAACACUUGUCUCGCAACCAGCCGACACCGUGCUGAGUAAGAUCAAUAAAAGUAAGGCCGAAGCUGGGGAGGGUACUCUUCGUCGUUUGUGGAAAAUCACCAGGGAAACAGGGCUCCGUGGUAGCUAUGCUGGUGUUCGCGCUCGACUAGUCAUGGUUGGGGGUAUGAGUGCCCUUCAAUUUGCCGUUUAUGGUGACAUCAAGAAGGCUUUUGGUGCAACUGGUGGCAUAGAGAUCAAGUAAUCAAUUUACGGGAUAACAUAGAUUCCUGUUCGAAGAGAAGGGUGAUAGACUACAUAGAGCACAAGUAAUAGAACCGGUAUUGAUCACACGUCGACCUCCCAUUGGCAUAAUUCGAUUUCGUCUUGGCACCUGAACAACC